UGCUUUUACCGCGUUAACAAAAGUUUCAUGUUUUCCGCAGCCCGUCUUGGACUUUUGCUAGCAACAUCACCCGAUUCUCCGCCUCUUUGAUGAUGUGGCUCGGCGAAAGGGCGACUAUUCCGCUCUAUGUUCGGUGUCGGGGCCGGGAGAGAGGGUAACAACACCGAAGAGAAAGAUGUAUCGACGGCGUACCUCCAUCGCGGUGACGCUGGGCCUGCUGUGGUACUUCACCGACUGUGGACGCACAUUAGCACAGUUUUUUGUUUGUUUCUUCUUGUUUUGCUUUUCCACUCCACUUUUACUGGCGACCAGCGGGCAGGAGAGCAGCACUCAAACUGACGAGGACCCACUCCAGGCCACUGUGGAUGAGCACCUGUGUCGUGACCUGACUGCUGCAGACAACCGCAAACACGCCGGAGUGUCCUUCGGAUGCGACUAUCCUCACGUCAAAAGGUCUUUGCAGCAAGUGUUCCAUUGCAUCUACGCCCGUCUGGUCAUGCCGUGGUACGACGUCCCUGAGCUGUGCGAGCGCCAGCCUCUGCACCAGGUUCUCAGCAUGGAAUUCAACACAGUCAUCGACCGUGUGAUCGCACAUACGCGAGACCUUGACGUCUGCCAGCUAGUGGUGGGCUUCAUACGGAUUCUGACGCAGCACCUGCACGAUGCAAAGCAGCCUGACAGGGAGCGUAUGUUCAGCUGCAGAUCUGAGGAGAUGGCGCUGCUCAGAGAGCUCUCUGAUGCUCUGGUGCGUAACCUUCUGCCUGAGCAUCUCUGGAGCCAAGAACUCAACCGCUGUGCCUUGACUGAGAUUGUUGCCUUAAAGGGUUUGGGCCUGUUGGUGACAUGGCUGUCUGACCCUGACAACCUCAACCAGCUGGUGGUGAGCCAGCUUGACAGCGUGACACCCAAAGGUUCCAUGGAGGAGCUGUGCGCAUCCGACCCAGAACAAGCCUCUCUGGCCUCACAGGAGGAAGGCGAGCGUGCGGAAGUGAGCUCAGAGGGAGCAGAGGUUUCUACCAGCAGUAGGAUCAAGGGAAAGAGCAAAGGUGACAAGCUGAAAGCAGGCUGGUCCAAAUUUGUGGACAAGAUGAAGACCAAGAAAGUCAAGAAGAAGAAAAUGAAAAAACUGGAGCAGGAGCUGGUGAUGAGGCUCAUGGCGGCCCAAGGCGACGCAUCCAACGAGGACGAGGUCAGCAGCAGAGAGGGCUCCGUUCACAGCCAGCACGAGUCGGACCGGGAGGACAGUGAUCUGGAGAACUACCUGACAAGCGUCCAAGAGGAUAUGAUGGAAUUCAAGCUGUCUUAUGAAAUGUGGCGCGUCGGCUGCUGGGCUGUCAGCAUCCCUCAUGCUGAGUGGGAAAAUGAGGAGCUAACCUUCACGGUUCACCUGGAGGAGAGGGACAGUCCUGAAAAUCUACACUGGGACAUCAAGAAGAAAUACAUGGAAUUCAUCUACUUCCGAAACAGGUGGCAGGACUCCACCAGCUUACCCAGCAUCUUUCAACUCGAUGAGAUGGAGGUCAGCCAUGAGGCCAAAGAAAAAGCUAAACUAUCCGUUGAGCACUUCCUCCAGGACUUGAUAUCGGACACUCUGAUUGGGCACACACAACCCGUAUUCCAGUUCCUCUGUCCUCUCGACAAGCUGCUGAGUGAGGAGCAACAUUAUGGAGGCGUGUGGGGCCUUCUGAGCGGUUUGGCUUACUUCCUGACCCCGGGUCAAGAGGAUGAAGAGAACUCUAUCCCGCCGACAGAAGCAUCAAAAGAAAUCGGCACAACAGACAGUUCAAAUCCACCUGGCUCCACUGAGACGAGCUGUGUUGUUAGCAGCGUUUCAGUUCCUGCCAUUGUCAUCUCUCCGUGCGAGCCUCUCCUGGAGCCGCCGGAGGAAGCAGAAGCAGAGAAGGAACCACAAUCAUCUUUAAACUCUGAUUCCUCAAGUAAAUGUUGUGCCCAGGACAAGUUGGAGGACUCAGACAACCCUUUGACGCACUUUAAAAUGAUCAUCAAGGGACUGACACGGUCAAAAUCACAAGAAUCUCUGGCCUACGUCAAAAACCCCAGCGAUGAAGAUCCGGACGACACGCCCACCACCUGCAGCCGAAACGGACACCGUCACGGGGAAAGCACGGAGGGCCCGUCAUGGUUGCCUCUCAGCGCCAGGUCAGCUAAGAAGGAGAAGGCGUCCAACAAGUCCAAGGUGGUCUUGGCAACGGAGGAUGGAUGGCAGUGUGCCAGAAGCCAAGGCACCCGGGGGCAGCUGGAGGCCACCAAAGCCAUUUUUGAUCUGCUGAAGGAAAUAUCAGGAAAUUCCAUUCUCAUAAACAUAUUUGACGCCAUUUUGAAACCCGUCAUGCCCAUCUUGAAAAGGAAAGUCAACUCCUUCUUGAACAAGAUGAAUCCGAGCGAGGCGGAGAUGGCCGCCUACAUCAACACUCUGUGCGACAAACUGUGGCCUCACGACCCCGCCCCCCCUCCUCCUCUGCCUCGCACAGAUGAGGAGAAAAACGAGAGCAGGGAGCGAGCGCACAACCUCAUCAGUGCCCGUUACUCGCACUACCUCGUCCUCAAGAAGACCGACAUGGAGAACGUUUUUAACCUUUUCCAGGACGCUGACAAAAACAAAGCACUGGCUUACAUGCUUUUGUCAUUUCUCUUACGGGAAUUUUUCCCUCACGACCAUUCGCUCAGUCUGGGCACCGCUGUCCUGCUGAAAGUGACCAACCUCACUGCUUGACCUCUGAAUGUCUUUAAUGGUGCUUUUUCAUUUUUAUUAUCUUUUGUUUUUUUGUUUUGUUUUGAAGAAUGUACACUUAUUUAUUAAACACCCUGAAAAGCCUUAAACCCGUCAAGAAUGAAAACUGUGCCAGGACCCACUUGCUGAUAUUUGACCUCAAAUGAAAGAUGAAGUGAGUUUGUGAUGACAUUUGAUUGAAAAUGGAUUCACGUUGUGAUACGGCGAUAUUGCUGACACUCCCCAGACGACAAUGCUCGUCAGCAUAGCUUUGACUUUUCUAUCCUGAUUGACGGGACUUAUUUACACAAGAGAUCAUCUCCUCCUCUAAUCAUCACGUCAAACAUGGACCGCCGCAGGAAACUUGAACAUUGGAAGCUGUGAAAUAUAUUCAAUGUACAGCAUAGCUAGAGUACGUAUUUUAAUAAGACUGUGACUUUGGUUCCUGUGCUUCAUUGGAGGUGUAGGAGGGGUGAAGUAAGGUCCUUGUCAUGAUUCCUGUCUGAUUAAACUGCAAUCACGUAUCAUUCAUGCUACCUUUGUUUAGGAUGGAAAUAUUAGGAGGGAGUGUCCAAACUUUUUUUUCUUUACUGAGGGUGGGAUAUAGAAAAAUGAAAGGAUGUAGGGGCCACAUUUUCGUUCGUGAAAGACACUAAAACUGAAGUCACCUUUUUGAGGGGUUUAACUAGUAUGUGCAGUGAGGUUCAUGGCUGGUGAGGCACUGACUCUUUUGGAUUUUUUUAAAAUGUUAAUACAGGUUGGUCAUUAAGAUGAUAAGAAAAAGACGAGAUUGAUUCACUUUUGUUUAAACAAAAAAUGUUUAAAGUACGUCUUAGUCCCAUUUAUCUGUUCUGGUAAAUUACAUUAUUCUCAUAUUACGACUUUUUCUUGUAAAUUGACAACUUUAUUGUCGAAAUCUCAGAUUAUGUUUUUUUCCAAUGUGCCCCUAAUAAUCUACAAGUGUCAAAACAAAACAAUGCUGGCGUUUCCUAAAUGGCAGAACAGCAGCAACAAGCACCUUCCAGCUCACGCACACAUGACCCCUUCAGGGUGUAGCGGUACUGCAAGCGUUUCACAAAUUACAUUUAUGUAUUUUAUUGUCCGAUUCACACUUGCAUGUAAGAAAGUCAUGGUGUAUAAUGAAUGCUUCUGCAACAUAUUAUGGGUGACAUCCCGACAAGCAGAAAGUGUCUGGUCCAAGAUCCAACUCAGCGUGCAGAGUGGCAGCAGGCCAGCAAGCUGGUGGUAGCCUCACUUUAUCAGCAAACGAGGACAACAAUAUGGACAAUUUAGAGUCUCCAAUGAAGCUAACAUGCAUGUGUUUGGAAUGUGGGAGGAAACUGGAGUACCCGGACAAAACCCACGCACGCACAGGGAGAACAUGCAAACACACACACACACACACACACACACACACACACACACACACAGAUUCCAACCCAGGUCUUCCCGAUCUCCUGACUGUGUGGCCAACAUGCUAAUCACUAGUUGGCAUGUUGGCCACCGUGCGGCCCUGUCAGUUUUCACGUAUUUGAUUGUGUCCUCUGUUUUAUUGUUGUUGUAUAUUAGCUUGGCUACAUUGUGCAUCACCCCACUACCUCGUAUACUUCCGGGUUUAAAAUAAAUCAUUAAAUGACUUCAAAUAAUGACUUAGUUAUUUAAAUGUAUUUCUUUUUUACAUUUCAAUUGAUUUGAAUAUUAAAUAUGUUAAACGUUAAAUAGUACAUUAAGUAAAUGUCUUGUAUUCUUUAUGCUGUGAUAUGAAACAAACUACUUUUUCAAAUUUACCAGACACAUUGCAUAGAGUAUCUGAAUUUGAAUCUGUAUCGGAUCGGAAACGAAAUCAGUGGAAUUGCACAUCAUUAGUUUCCGGGCCGUAUCUUGCUACAGGCGAACUAGGCGACUGCCUCGGGACCCCAAGCCAACAGGGGGCUCCAGUGCUGCAUGUGCAGCCUCAUCUGAGGAGCAUGA